AUGUUGAGAGCUAUGGGGGUGACACGGCGGGCGCUGUGGCAGCGCAGCGCGGGGCUGGCGGCGCGGGCGGCGCGGCCGUACGCAAGUGGGCCAGCGGGUGACACGUUUCUGUCGUCAACCAAUGCGGCAUACAUUGACGAGAUGUACGCGGCGUGGCAGCAGGACCCGGCUUCUGUGCACGUGUCGUGGGACGCGUACUUUCGCAACAUGAAGAACCCUUCGAUUGCCGCUGGGGCAGCUUUUGUGGCACCACCCACGCUUGUGCCUACCGCCACUGAUCCUGGCGUGCCGCAGCACAUGCCGAGCGUGCUUGGCGAGGACAGCGAUGUGCUCGUGCACUUGAAGGUGCAGCUACUAUGUCGUGCGUAUCAGGUUCGGGGGCACCAGAAAGCACACAUUGACCCGCUCGGGAUCGCAUUUGGCGAUGACAAGAGCCGCUCGGUUCCAAGGGAGCUCACGCUAGAGCACUACAACUUCUCUGAGAAGGACCUUGAGCGCGAGAUCACCCUGGGCCCGGGUAUCUUGCCACGCUUUGCAAGGGAUGGCAGGCGCACGAUGAAGCUGGGUGAGAUUGUUGCCGCGUUGGAAAAGCUUUACUGCUCCAGCUACGGUGUCGAAUACAUUCACAUUCCAUCGCGCGAGCAGUGCGAAUGGUUGCGUGAGCGAAUCGAGAUCCCCAAGCCAUACGACUAUUCCGCGGAGGAGAAGAAACAGAUAUUUGACAGAUUGACGUGGGCGACAUCGUUUGAGAGCUUCCUGUCUUCCAAGUUCCCUAACGACAAGCGUUUCGGGCUUGAAGGUCUAGAGGCUGUCGUUCCUGGUAUCAAGACGUUGAUUGACCGCUCAGUGGACCUGGGUAUUGAGGAUGUUGUCCUUGGUAUGGCUCACCGUGGUCGUUUGAACGUUCUGUCCAACGUGGUGCGUAAGCCAAACGAGUCUAUCUUCUCGGAGUUCCAGGGUUCGCACACGCCAUCGGACUACGAGGGCUCAGGUGAUGUGAAGUACCACCUGGGGAUGAACUACCAGAGACCUACCACCUCUGGUAAAUAUGUUAAUCUAUCGUUAGUUGCAAACCCGUCGCAUCUGGAGGCUGAAAACCCAGUGGUUCUAGGAAGAGUCCGUGCCAUCCAGCAUUCUAAAAACGAUGUUGGCACGUUCAAAAAGGCCAUGGGUGUUUUGCUGCACGGUGACGCAGCCUUUGCUGCACAGGGUGUCGUUUAUGAAACUAUGGGAUUCUUGCAUCUGCCUGCAUACUCCACCGGUGGUACUAUCCACGUGAUCACGAACAACCAGAUUGGCUUCACAACUGACCCUAGGUUUGCUAGAUCCACCUCGUAUCCAUCGGAUAUCGGAAAGACCAUUGACGCCCCAAUUUUCCAUGUUAAUGCGAAUGACAUUGAGGCAGUGAAUUUCAUUUUCAACCUAGCCGCCGAAUGGAGGGCUACCUUCCACACCGACGCCAUCAUUGAUGUUGUUGGAUGGAGAAAGCACGGUCACAAUGAAACCGACCAGCCGUCCUUCACUCAGCCGUUGAUGUACAAGCAAAUUGCUAAGCAGCCAUCUGUGAUCGAUGUAUACACUAAGAAGCUAUUGGACGAAGGGUCGAUGACCAACGAACAGAUUGACACCCACAAGAAAUGGGUUUGGGGCUUGUUUGAAGAGGCCUUCUCGAAGGCCAAGGAGUACAAGCCUUCCUCCAGGGAGUGGUUAACCGCCGCAUGGGAAAACUUCAAGUCGCCAAAAGAGUUGGCGACCGAAAUCUUGCCUCAUAACCCAACGAAUGUCGACGCAUCAACUUUGAAGCAGAUCGGUUCUGUUCUAUCCAGCUGGCCAACAGACUUUGAGGUCCACAGGAACUUGAAGAGAAUCCUACUGAACCGUGGUAAGUCCAUUGAAUCGGGUGAGGGCAUUGAUUGGUCUACAGGUGAGGCUUUGGCCUUUGGUACGAUGUUGAUGGAGGGCACACACAUCAGAGUGUCUGGUGAGGAUGUGGAGAGAGGUACAUUCUCUCAGAGACACGCUGUCUUGCACGACCAGAACUCGGAAAACACAUAUACCCCGCUAAAGCACGUUUCUAAAGAUCAGGCGGACUUUACCAUCUGCAACUCUUCCCUUUCCGAGUAUGGGUGUAUAGGUUUCGAUUACGGUUACUCGUUGACAUCCCCAGAUUACUUCGUGAUGUGGGAAGCUCAAUUUGGUGACUUUGCCAACACCGCGCAGGUUAUCAUUGAUCAGUUCAUUGCAGGUGCUGAAACGAAAUGGAAGCAAAGAUCGGGCCUCGUGUUGUCGUUGCCACACGGUUAUGAUGGCCAAGGACCCGAGCAUUCCAGCGGUCGUCUGGAAAGAUUCUUACAAUUGACCAAUGAGGACCCAAGGUACUUCCCAAGCGAAGAAAAGAUCCAGAGGGAACACCAGGACUGCAACUUCCAGGUCGCUUAUCCAACAACCCCUGCGAACUUAUUCCAUAUCUUGAGAAGGCAACAGCACCGCCAAUUCCGCAAGCCAUUGGUCUUAUUCUUCUCCAAGCAGCUGCUGCGUCAUCCACUUGCCAGAUCGAGCCUAUCAGAGUUCACUGACGGUGGUUUCCAAUGGAUUAUCGAAGAUAUCGAACAUGGCAAGGCCAUUGUCUCCAAGGAGGAGACCAAGAGGCUUGUCAUCUUGACUGGCCAGGUUUACACAGCACUCCACAAGAAGCGUGAAGCCCUGGGCGACAGGACGACAGCAUUCCUACGUAUUGAGCAGCUGCAUCCGUUCCCAUACGCCCAGUUACGGGACGCCUUGAACUCUUAUCCAAACUUGGAGGAUAUUGUUUGGUGCCAGGAAGAGCCUUUCAACAUGGGCUCUUGGGCAUACGUCCAGCCUCGGAUCCAGACGACUUUGAAGGAGACUGACAAGUACAGUGGCUUUGCUUUCCGCUACGCCGGUAGAAACCCUAGCGGUGCCGUGGCCGCCGGUUCCAAGGCCUUGCACACUACCGAGGAAGAGGCCUUCUUGAAAGAUGUUUUCGGCCAAUGA